GCUGCGGAUCCCCCUCCAAGUCAGUCCUGAGGGCUCUGGGCACUUCUGCUCUGCUGGUCCCGUUCUGCUGGCAGCAUUAUUCCUGCUUUUUUUCCUGGGAAGGCUUUGCAGAGCAGAGAGAGGUGCUGAGGGCACCUGUGCCAGAAGCGGAGGAAGAGCAGCUGCUGCUCCCUUGACUCCCCAGAAAGUGCUCAGAAAGUGCUGUGUGUGCCUGGGAGGGAUCAAACCAGCUUCCCGACACAUCCUGAAGCAAGCCGGGGCUGGGACGCUCCUGGGAGGGCAUGGGGUGCUCCUCAAAGCCCUGCAGAUGGAAGAGAUGCUGCCUCCUUUCCCCCUCGUGAAACAAUUUGGGCUUUAGGAUACCCCAUAGGUACCGCUUUUGGAGUACCCCCAGCCUCAGAUCAGCCUGGCCAGACCUCAAAUGCUAUUGUGGGUCGUUCCCAGCCACCGGCGUGUCCCCAGAGAGAGGGAGAAGCUCCCAGUUUGGCUCCCUUGUCCCCAUGAGCCUGGCGUGUCCCCUCCCUGGGGGCUCCGCCUGGCCCCACCGCGACACCGGCCCCGGGUUCCGACUGCGGGGCCGUGGCCCGGGAAUGGUUCCACGGUUGCCAAGGGCAGAAGCCGAGCGCUCAGACCGGCCGCCCUGGCCUGCUCGGUGUGCGAGGCACUCCCAGCCGGCCAGCGAGCAGCUCACGAUGCUGCAGCCCGUGGCACACACAUCGCGGCUCCUCUGGCUGCUGAGUGUGCUGAGCUUGCCGGCGGCCGCUGCGGCUCCGCCGGUGCCGCCGGUGCCGGGCAGCCCGCUGUCGGACCGGGAGUACCAGCAGUUCUUUGCCAAGCUGCACCCGCCCUGGCAGGCAAACAUGUUCUGCCUGCUGCGCCAGGCCUACGGCUGCCUCAACCACGACAUCCUGCGCCUGGACCAGGAGGAGAACCACGGAGAAAUCCCCGAAGGGCCGAUCUGCACUGAAUUUCCAGAGGUGGUGCAGUUCCAGACCUUCUGCCAGUUCGCCCACUAUCGCUGCCUCAAACAGCAGUUCUUCGUCAAGCGAGUCCCAUGUUUGGGUUGGUCUCUAACAAACCCUUUCCCGAUGGAGCUAUCCAGCACCCCAAACUCCUCGGCAGCGGACAGAGGCUCCCCUGUCACACAAGGUCAGAAACCAUGGCAGACAAAGCACCCCACAUCCAUGCCAAAGGUGCCCACACCCCGGCAGAAGAGCAGGACUACGCGCCCACCGACUCCCUGGGCUGCCACCUCACCUUCCAGGGUGGAAUCCCCGGAGGAGCAAAGCCUGAGGAAAAGCAUCUGGCAGCUGAUCCAUUCGGCCCUCUCCUUGGAUGCGUCCUUGGAGACCAAGAACUCCUCUUGGAACCUCACCAGCUUGGGCCCAGGACACACAAUGAAGUCGGAAAUCCCCCCCCGAGGCAGCCUUCUAGCCCUGCAGAACGAUGAGGCGGUGCUGAUCCUGUGCUACGCAGUGCUGGAGGGAGAUUGCCUCUCCUCGAUGCUCGCCAUGGCCUGGAAGGAGAUGGAGAAAAAAAACUUUGGGUUCGGAGACUCGGUGUGUGACAACCUUGGGCGGCACCACUUGGACCUGUGCCCUGCCUGUGCUUUCUGCUCGCUGAAGAGGGAGCAGUGCCAGAACAUCAAGACCCUGAACCGUGUUCAUUGUGACUCGGACAGCUUCUCCACCUACAUCAACCCUCAGAUCUCGGCCCAGCUCGGGGACGAGGAGGGCAAGCCCAUGUCCUCAGAGACCCUGGAGGGCUACAACAUGGACUUUUUGAGAGGGAUGAGGUUGGAGUACUGGUGCAGCCAGAUGGCCAUCUAUGGCUGUGAGGAGCCUGCUGUGACCCUCUGGCUGAAGGCAGAGUAUGAAGCCUUCCAAAACGGGGAUGGCUCAGGAAAGAUCUGUGACUCGAGAGGAAAUCAGCAUCCCAGCUACUGCAUGUUCAAGAGCUACCAGUGUCUCCUGAAGAGCAUCUACAACCAGAGGGUGGCUCCCAUGGAAUGCAAGCCUUACAAGAGCUACAGGGUGCUGAGUGCAAAGGAGGGAGACGAGGAGGUGCAGCUGUGGCAAGAGAUAUUCCACAGCCUCUCCAAGCAGGAAUCUGAAAGUUAAUAAAGUUUGUAAAGACCUUCAAGAUA